ACUACGUGCGCGUUCCCGCUGUGUAGCGACAAGAUGGCGGUCGCCGCCGGAUCAGGUAAAUGUAAGAGAAAUAAAUCACAAUGUUAAGCUGCCGUUGGGGAAUGGGUUAUCUUUAUAUUAAUCACACAAUUUUGAUGUCGAGCUAUUACGUUGUUUUUCCACGCGCCCGAUAAAUAGAGAGACAGAAGCGUGAAGCUCGAAUCUGUGAGGAGAAUGAAUAGGGAGCGUUACCAACGGCUAAGCUAGCGUAAGUGAAGUUAGAUCACCGAGGUGCAGCCUAACUGCUUAUAACGGGAUUUCAGGAUCCGUUAUAUCACAGGAAUCAUCCUCUAUCUCUCAUCUUCCUUUAUAGUUUGUGGAUGUCAUUGUUUUCGUUUAGUAACGUCAUUUAGCACGGUUAUAGUUCGGUAACCAUGACACUGUAUCACCAUCAUCAUCCAACUGUACAUGUGGAGUUUCAGCCCAUCUCAGACAUGUAUUUGCACCAUCCGUGUAAACAUAUGCCACAACCUGAGCUCAAGCAUCAGACGUUAAUUGAAUCUGUUGAUGCAUAAAUAAUCAGCCUUUGUGCUCCAGUAAUUUCAGCCGGAGGAACAUCAACAAUGACGAUCGUCUUCUCAGACCUCCAGUCAGUCAUGUAAACAUGAUCCAUGUUGAGGUCUGGAUCUUCAGAUGUAGGUGACAUGAGCUGAACUGCAGAAGCACCAGCUUGGUCGUGUUCUUGUUGUAGUUUGGAUGGAUCAGUUAGCAGUACUGCACCAUCAUAUCUCACUGCAGAGGCCAAGGGAUGCACUAUUAUCCAAGCCAGAUGCUAAAAUAGAGGAUGUCAAUAGCAUUGAUUCAUCACUGAUCGGACAUCAAAUUCAAGUCAACGAAGGCAGUCCUCAUUUCCUAUUAAACUGUGUUCCUGGGUGAGUCAUACCAUGACGUGAAAUUUCUGCAAGUCAUUGCUCUUGCAGGAGUUCCUGCAAAUUGAGUUUUGUUAUCUGUCAAACAUAAAUUGAUCAGGAUCUGGGAGGACCACAUACCAAUCUUGCAAGGGGUGCAUGUGUUGGCUUUACAGACUGGCUUUGAUUUGUGUCUGUCCACCAACAGGCGUUACAGUUCCUCGCAAUUUCCGGCUCCUGGAAGAGCUGGAGGAAGGCCAGAAAGGUGUAGGGGAUGGAACAGUAAGCUGGGGUCUAGAGGAUGACGAGGACAUGACCUUAACACGAUGGAGAGGAGUGAUCCUCGGCCCUCCGAGAGUGAGUGAUGCCCGCGCUUAACUCAACAAUACACUGAAUCAACCAGAAAAAAACAACAUGUAGGUAGUCAAGAGGUCCAAAGAGGGUCAUGUUCAGGCACCAGUUUAACACUGCUGUUGAUGAAGACCCUCCCUAAGUCAAGACAGUCAACUGGCAGAUGUAGAGACUAAGUUCUGAUUGUGAAAUUAAGGUAGAAUCAUAAAGCUACAGGAAGCAACAGGUUGUAUAUCAGAUUACACAGUUCCUGAAAGAGUAGAGAUGAUCCUUUCAGUUUAAUGUAGGAAGUGACCUCUGUUAUUUCUUGAACACUCUCUAAAUGUGUUGCAGAUCGAAUGCGUCUGUAUAACAAGAAUAGAAAUCCCAGUACCUCUUGAACCUAGUUCGUAUUUUUAUGUUAGCAGACAUAUGUAUGAGUUAUUUCCUCCCUAUGAUUUCAUGUUGAAUCCUGCAAACGCUGUCUAAUGUUGAUGUUUGUGUGCAAACCACUAAACCCCUCCCGCCUCUCUCUGUCUACAGACAAGCUAUGAAAACAGGAUGUACAAUCUGAAGGUUGAAUGUGGGCCAGAAUACCCAGAUUCACCUCCGUUUGUCAAAUUCGUGACGAAGAUAAACUUGAAUGGCGUUCACACCUCUAACGGUGUGGUAUGUAACACUUACAAACCCCUUGUUAUUAUCACAGCUUGUUAAAUGCGGUUUGGAUGCUUAAGCUAUCAGCAGUGUGUCGAUUUAAAUACCUUAGAUCCUAAAAUCAUGGCUUUAAUAUAAGAGAGGACGCCAUUUACUGUCGUAAACAUUCAAUAUUAAGAGUAAUUGUAUAUUGAAGCCCAACAGCGUCCUACCUAGACUAGUACUUUGUCCAUGUCUUAACUUCAUGUCCAUCUGUGUGAUACAGGUUGACAUGCAUGCGGUGACUGCACUGGCCAAGUGGCAGAACUCCUACAGUAUCCAGAUGGUGCUGCUGGAGCUGCGACGGCUCAUGACCUGCAAGGAAAACAUGAAGCUGCCUCAGCCACCUGAGGGCCAGAUCUACUCCAACUGAGCCCCUGCUACUUUUGACUCCAUCUUUUUCUCUCUCUCUCUCUCUCCUUCCCUCCCUUCUGCCCCCCAAACUCCUCUGUUUCCCCCUCUAUCCCCAUCCUGAGCCAUGUGACAUUCCACCUCCUGCAGACACCUUGGCUGAGCAGACACACACACACACAAGAGAAGACGACUGAGUAUACAUUAACAGAUACAUGCAGACACACACAGGUAUGCACAUACACACAGUUAUCUGAAAACACACUUAUUGAGCAUUCAUGAGAGUCAUUCCAGGCACUGGCCCCCUCCCCCCUCCCAUCACUGGAGCUCUGGGUGGACUUGAUGAGACGAGGCAGGCGGAGUCCUCGGUCCACUCCAGACCUGAUCAUUCGAAUACUGUACAUGUUACUAAUCUUUUUUUAUUAUUAUUAUUAUUUGUUAAAAAUGCAGAUUGUACAAUAACAUAAAUAAUCUUAUUGAGUGUACCUCUUUGUGUGUUGCCUUUUUAUAACAUUGAAAAUGGCCACCUUGAGAAAUUGUUGCCCAAACGUGAAAUUGUCGUUGGAUAAAAGGAUACUCCUCAUACUUCAAGGUGUACAUUAUGAAGUCAUGUACAAGGAACACAUUUAACUUAUUCCUAGUAUGUGUUGUGGCCGGAUCUCUGAUGAAACAGUUUGUGACAUGGGCUCACACUGAAUCCUUUCUCUCUAAGCAGUCCCAGUAGAUGCUUUAUUGCUGCUUAUAAACUUGCCAGGGAGUGAUCACCUCAGUCGCGUAUGGCUCUUUUUCUCUUCUGUGUACAAGUUGUCCAAAGUGAACAUUAUACCCUGUAUCCCAACCUCUUUGUAUCAGAUCUGAACAUGCAUCGUAGCAUAGACUGCAAAUCUACUGAAGGUCUGUAGAAGUCCCAGACAAACCGUGCUUGAAUAUAGACGUGAAAUCAGCUACCUCUUUUGGUCCUGUGUAAGCAGUUAUCUGACUUGUAAAUCUGUCGUUUGCUAUUCUAUGUGACAAUUUGACUUUUUCUGCUUCUUCAUAAAUUUAAAUUCAUUCA